AAAAUUAGAAAAAUGAGAGUGGCUCUCGGCAGAAGAAAUUUUGGGCCAAGUCCAGGCGUAGCCAGCCUAAUAGAAAGCAAAUAAAUUGACGCGUUUUAUUAACGGCGCGUGAAGUUUUACCACCGUUUUCUCCCUGAAAAAAGAAAUCCAUAUAUCCCUUUUAAUAUCAUUAACAACUCGACUUCUUCACUCUUGAUUUCUCUUUCAAAGCCAACUGUCACAAAACUCUCUGAAAAUUUCCGUCACUUUCUCGAGAAAAUAACUAAAAAGAAAAAGGAAAGAAAAGAAAAGAAGGAACCACUUCCUAUGGGCCGAAGCUCGUCUCCUCCGGGACUAGACGGCGAUGGCAACCAAAAUGGAAAAAACAACGCCAUUAACAACAACAGCGACACCAACAACAAUAACAAUGAUCAAGGAUUCUACUCGAUCCGCGAUCGGUUUCCUUUCAAAAGGAAUCCUGGCCAUAGCCGGGACCGAAUCAAACAAUAUUCUCUCCUCGAACGGCCUUUAGUCCGAAACCGUGCCCGGUUCAACCGGAAAGGAUUAUUGCACUUCCCUUUUCGAGGCAUUUAUUUGUUUUAUUUUUUGAUAUUUUUCUCUGUGUUCGCCUUUUCUGUGGCGUCAAUGGUGAUGCAGAGUUCGAUUACGGCGAUGUUGUUUAGGCAAGGAGGAGAGAGGAGUUGGAGGAGGUCUAUUAGAGAAGGUUUGAGGUUCGGGAGCUCCUUGAAGUUUAUGCCGGCUGGGAUCUCGAGGCUGGUCGCUGAAGGCGGUGGACUUGAUCCGAUGAGAUCAUCUGACAGGAUCGGACUUCGUGGCCCAAGACUUGCCCUUAUUUUGGGGAACAUGAAGAAAAACUCACAAUCAUUGAUGCUGGUGACUGUAGUAAAGAGUCUUCAAAGGCUUGGUUAUGUAUUUAAGAUUUAUGCACUAGACAGUGGCGAAGCACGUGGAAUGUGGGAGAACCUAAGUUCUCAGUUUUCAUUUUUUGGUCCGGAGCAAUUUGGUCAUAUUGAUUGGUCAAUGUUUGAAGGUGUUAUUGCUGAUUCUCUUGGAGCAAAAGAAGCCAUCUCAAGCCUUAUGCAGGAGCCUUUUGAUACAGUACCACUUAUAUGGAUAGUUCAAGAAGAUACUCUGGCAAAACGUCUUCCUGUCUAUGAGGAGAAAGGGUUGCAGCAUCUUGUUUUGAAUUGGAAAACUGCUUUUACCAGGGCCAAUGUUAUUCUGUUCCCGGAUUUUACCCUACCGAUGUUAUAUAGCAUGCUAGACACUGGAAACUUCCAUGUAAUUCCUGGAUCACCUGUGGAUGUGUGGGGUGCAGAAAGUUACAGUAAGACCCAUGAAAAGCAACAGUUAAGGAAAGACAAUGGGUUUAGCAUGGAUGACAUGGUGGUUCUAGUUGUUGGAAGUUCUUUCAUCUAUGAUGAGUUAUCGUGGGAUUAUGCUGUUGCGCUACAAACUAUCGGACCUCUCCUCCAGAGAUACACCUGGAGAAAUGAUGCGGGAGGGUCAUUUAAAUUUAUUUUCUUGAGUGGUAACUCCACUGAUGGGUAUAAUGAUGCUUUACAGCAAGUUGCAUCAAAGUUAGGACUUCCCCAAGGCUCUGUUAGGCAUUAUGGCUUGGAUGGUGAUACCAAUGGAGUUAUAUUAAUGGCUGACAUUGUUCUAUAUGGUUCUUCCCAAGAAGAACAGGGUUUUCCUCCUUUAAUUAUCCGAGCCAUGACCUUUGGAAUCCCUGUCAUCACACCUGAUUUUCCUAUCAUCAAAAAAUAUGUGGUUGAUGGAGCACAUUGUGUUUUUUUCCCAAAACAUGAUCCUGAUGCUUUAUUGAGGGCUUUCUCGCUUCUGAUUUCGAAUGGCAGACUAUCUAAAUUUGCUGAAACAGUUGCUUCUUCUGGAAGACUGCUUGCUAAGAAUAUUUUAGCAUCUGAAUGCAUAACUGGUUAUGCAAGCCUUCUGGUGAAUUUACUCUAUUUCCCAUCAGAUGUUUUGCUGCCAGGUCCUGUUUCUGAACUUCAGCAGGCAUCCUGGGAGUGGAACCUUUUCAGGAAGGAAAUAGAACACAGUAAUUUUGAUACUUCUGUAGAUUCUAGUGUUGUUUAUACCGUUGAGGAGGAAUUGACCAAACACAUUAUUGAUACGUCUAAGAAUAGGACUGAGCUUCAGGAUCAGGAUGCCCUUACUGGACAAGACCUGGACCUUGUGACAGAAAUAGAGAACUUUGAAGAUUAUGAAAGACUUGAAAUGGAGGAGAUUAAUGAAAGAACGGAGAGACAUCUUGGUGUAUGGGAUGAGAUAUAUCGAAAUGCUCGGAAAUCUGAGAAGCUGAGGUUUGAGGCCAACGAAAGAGAUGAGGGAGAGCUAGAAAGGACAGGUCAACCUGUAUGCAUAUAUGAGAUCUAUAGUGGAGCUGGGGCCUGGCCAUUCUUGCACCAUGGAUCGUUGUACCGUGGGCUAAGUCUUUCUAGAAGAGCAAGGAGGUUGACAUCAGAUGAUGUGGAUGCAGUUGGCCGACUUCCGCUUUUGAAUAGCACUUACUAUAGGGAUUUAUUAUGUGAAGUUGGAGGAAUGUUCUCUAUUGCAAAUAGGGUGGAUAGCAUUCACAAGAGACCUUGGAUUGGUUUUCAAUCAUGGCAAGCUGCUGGUAGGAAGGUUUCAUUGUCCACAAAAGCUGAAAAAGUUCUAGAAGAAACAAUACAAAGAAGUAAAGGAGAUGCAAUGUACUUUUGGGCACACCUUGACGCUGAUGGUGGAGGUGAAGGAAGCAGUGAUUCACUCACAUUUUGGUCGAUGUGUGACAUAUUAAAUGCUGGACACUGCAGAACUGCUUUUGAAAAUGCCUUCCGCAAGAUGUAUAACUUGCCAGUGGAUAUGGAAGCUCUUCCUCCCAUGCCCCAAGAUGAAGGUCACUGGUCUUCCUUGCACAGCUGGGUGAUGCCAACCAAGUCCUUUUUGGAGUUUGUUAUGUUUUCACGGAUGUUUGUUGAUUCUCUCGAUGCCUUGCAGUCCAAUUCUAGUGAGGCUAAUAUGUGUUUGUUGGGUUCCACAUAUCUUGAGAAAAAACAAUGUUACUGUCGGGUACUGGAACUCUUGGUCAAUGUUUGGGCUUACCAUAGUGGGCGGAGGAUGGUCUACGUUGAGCCACACUCUGGUUUGCUUGAAGAGCAACAUCCAGUUGAACAACGGAAAGAAUUUAUGUGGGCUAGAUACUUUAACUUCACAUUAUUGAAGUCCAUGGAUGAAGAUCUAGCUGAGGCUGCAGACGAUGCUGACCAUCCGAGGAAGGUGUGGUUGUGGCCAUUGACCGGGGAAGUGCAUUGGCAAGGAAUUUAUGAGAGGGAGAGAGAAGAGAGAUACCGGUUGAAGAUGGACAAAAAGAGGAAAACUAAAGAGAAAUUAUUGGAAAGGAUGAGGAAUGGGUAUAGGCAGAGACCACUUGGAUUAUAGGAUACUUAGAAGCUAAAUCAGAUGACCGUAUUCUAAGUCUAACCUAGAGACAGUGAACUCCUAACACGAAUGCUGAACCCCUUUUACUUUUCUCAACCCGGGGAAGCCGGAAAAACGACUGCAGACAAGAGAAGGCGAGUUAAAAUCUAACAGCUUUCAAGACAUUCUAUUCUUCCAAUUCUUUUUUAUCAAGUAAAUUGCUUCCAAGAAUCUGAGGGGAGACAAAAAUAGCUUCCUAGUGUUUUUGUGGUUCGCUAGCGACUCAAGCUGAUUUACGGGGAUAUCUCAGGAGACAGAGCAUACCGGUUCCGGGAUUUUGGUUAAGAGGGUGACGAUUAUGGUAAUUCUUUUCCACCAUACAAGAACAUUCAAUUUAAUGAUGCAUCUCUUUUCUUUUUCUUCUUUCUUUUUUUUUUUUUUCCUUUUUUAAUCUUGUUUUCACAAAAAAAAUUUGGAUAUUUCAUAGGCAAUGUUGAUCAGAGUUAUAUAGUUUAGUUUCUGCCGAGUCUUUGCUUUAUUAUUAUUAUUAUUAUUAUUUUAUUUCAUUGAUGAUAGUUUUGAUAAAGCAAAUUUUAUAAUCGGAUAUUUGAAGAAAUAAUUUUCCAUCCUGAAUUGAUGUUCUGAAAUUGGCGCCAUGUAGGUUAGGGUGUAAAGGAGACAGUGGUUCUUACUAGCUACGGGGUUCGGUAUGAAAAAUAUUUGAAUUAGUUUUGUUGAGCUGAGUUGAAGCUCGAGGAAAGCUGAGUUUAAACGGCUUAAUGCCUUGGUCGAGGUGGUUUGCAGAUCUAGCCGGACUUUGGUUUUUAAUAUAAUUUUAACUAGUAUUGAAAAAUCUUAUAGCUCGCACGUAAAUAUUUGAGUUCCGAGUAUAAGAAUUUUUAUUGAAUUUACAAUUAGGAGUUUGAGAUAUAUAUAUAUAUAUAUAUAUUAUUUUGAAAUCAGGUUCUCAAUGAUUUGAUUUGGGCCGAUUUCUUUGCUUAUAUCUGAAUCCCCCCAUUAUAUCAAUAAUUAAGAGCAGAAAAAUAAAAAAAAGAAGAAGCUUUGAAUCA